UCUGCCAUUCUCAGAGUCAGGCACCGUGGUGUUUUUGGCAGAUCUUCCUUGACGAGUUUGUCUGAUCCAUGGCAGCCAUACUUGAAUCUUUGCUUGGAUCAUGUGCCAGUAAGUUGCAAAAUAUCAUUACAGAUGAGGUCAUACUAAUCCUUGGGGUGGAAGAAGAGCUUAGAAAAAUCCUGCGACGAGUAGAACUGAUAAAAUGUUGCAUAUACGAUGCUGAGAAAAGGAGGACAAAAGAGCUAGCCGUAAACAAUUGGCUUGGUCAAUUUAGAGAUGUUAUAUAUGAUGUUGAUGAAAUCCUCGACGUGGCUAGGUGUAAAGGAAGCAAGCUACUGCCUGACGAUCCUUCAUCAUCAUCAGGCAAAUCAGCUGCAUGCAAAGGCCUCUCAGUUUCUUCUUGUUUUUGUAACAUCUGGUCACGUCGUGUUGUUGCUGUUCGGAUUAGAAGCCUCAAAAAAAAGAUCGAGAACAUUGCAAAUGACAAGAUAUUCUCAACAUUCAACACUAGUAUACAGUCUACUAGAAAUGAACCAACAUCCAAACUGAUAAGAAGCUCCAAUCUUGAUGAGCCCAACCUUGUGGGGAAGGAGAUCAUACAUUCUAGCAGGAAGUUGGUGGAAUUAGUGCUUGGCAGUUUGCAGCAACUGGGGCUAGCAGAGGGUGUGCAAGAGAUCUCUUCACGCUGGGUGCCUGGGCUUCAAGAGCAGCACCAACGACUUCAUGGUGAAAACCUGGAUGUCUACACGUGGCGUUAGAUGG